AUGGUAGACGGAUUGUCAGUCUCUGUGGGUUGCGCAGUAGGCAUUCCAUGUGGAAUAGCCGUCAUAGUUGCUUUUAUUUUCUGGUAUCGAAUGCAGAGGAGGUUUAAGAAGGAAAUGGAAGACGACGUAGAGUCCAUGGGCGGCGACGGAGCUAUCAGUUUUCGGAAUAUGGACGCCCUCAGAGAGGCGGACACUUCUGAAAAAACCGACCAUGCUCAUAGAUUGGCAGAGGCUUCUUCGUCCUCCGACAACACGCAACCGCCGGAUUUCAGCUCCACGGCUGCGCCGGACGUUCCCUCUUCCCGUAAGAAAGGGAAAUCAAAUUCAAAAUCAGACUCAAGGAGAAAUACGUAUAUGCCGGCAUAUCGUAAAAAACUCAACUCUUCAAUAAAUUCGUUGCAGCAUUCGAGACAAGCCGACGAACUGAAGGGUACUAAUGACAGCUCUAGCAUAUCGCUGGAUACCAAACCUAACGCAACGAACAACGAACCCACCGUUUUGGACCAGAUGAUCCCUGUGAUGGUCAACCAGGAUGCUACUAACUCUGCCACGGUCACAAGUUCCGACUUCAGUCUCGCACACGACAAAGAUGCUAGUAACGACAACCUUGCUAAAAAUCUACAGUAUCACGAUUUCGGUUCUUAUCCUAGAAGGAGAUCCUCGGCGAACUUGAAUAGCAUUGCGCCAGGUAACAUCUCGAGCUCUUCAAUUCACACGAGGUCGUCUUCAACGCACUCUCAGAAGAAAAGCACAGAAAACGUGUUUGACACCCCAAAUAGUUCCAAGGUUAUGACCGUGGUACCUAAUGCAGACCAUACGGACACACCCAUAAACGACGAAAACAUAGAACUAGAACAACAGCCGGAUUAUUACAUGCUCAAAAAUAACUACGACGCUAAAAACGCUGACGAAAUAGCUGAAGAGGACCAAUACGAAAACGAGUUUACAAACUACUCAGAAAACAAACGAGAGUUUAUCAACAGCCUGAGGCCUCGGAAAAACUAA